AUGCGCCUCUCGAGCGGUUUCUUCGCCGCCGUGUCGGUCCUGACCGCAUGGCUGGCAGUCCCGGUUCUCGGUUCCCCGGCGGUUAGCUAUGACAACUCGCUCGUCCAGCAGCGUGCAGACCCGCACAUCGUCAAGCACACCGACGGGUGGUACUACUUCACGGCGACGGUCCCUGAGUUCGACCGCAUCGUCCUCCGCCGGGCGCAGUCCAUCCAGGCGCUCAAGGAUGCUUCCGAGACGACCAUCUGGCGGCGCAAGUCGUCUGGAGUCGGCAGCGGGCAGGUGUGGGCACCGGAACUGCACUUCAUCGACGGCAAAUGGUACAUCUAUGUGGCGUUAGGGGUGGCCAACCAGUGGCGCAUCCGGGCGUUUGUGCUCGAAGGCACGGGCAGUAACCCGCUCGCGGCGAGCUGGACGGAAAAGGGCCUCAUCAAAACCAACUGGGACACCUUCUCGCUGGACGCGUCCACGUUUGUGGCCAACGGCACACGGUACCUAAUCUGGGCGCAGCAGGAACCAUCACGGACAGACGAAAACUCGAGCAUUAUGAUCGCGCCGCUCCAAAACCCCUGGACAAUCCGCGGCACGGCCAUCGCCAUCUCCCGGCCGACCCUGUCAUGGGAGCGCAUCGGAUACAAGGUCAACGAAGGCCCCUACGUGAUCCAGCGCAACGGCAAGAUCUUCCUGACGUACUCGGCCAGCGCGAUCGACUACAACUACUGCAUGGGCCUGCUGACGGCGACGGCGGGAACGGACUUGCUGAACCCGGCGUCGUGGAGCAAGUCGCAGAACCCCAUCUUCACCAGCAACGCCAACACCAACCAGUGGGGGCCGGGCCACAACUCCUUCACCGUGUCCGAGGACGGGCUGAGCGACGUCAUGGUGUACCACGACCGCGGGUACCGCGACAUCAACGGCGACCCGCUCAACGACCCCAACCGGCGCACGCGGGUGCAGAAGCUCUACUGGAAGGCCGACGGGACACCCGACUUCGGUGUGCCCGUACCUGAAGGGGACACGCCGGUCCGGCUGCGGGCUGCGUCGGGUGGGUACGUGCGGUACUACACCGGGAGCGGGAACCCGUCGGGUACGGCGGCACUGGCCGAUACGCAGUUCCGGAUUGUGAACCCGGGGUUGGCGGGCGGGAGUACGGUUAGCCUGGAGUCGACGAGCAACCCGGGGUUGUUUAUGCGUCGGGUGGACGGUGGCAGGGUGCAGUUUGAGAGAAGCAGUGCGUUGACCUCGGCUGCGUCCAAGGCAUCGGCGAGCUUUAACCUCGUCGAGGGGCUUGUCGACAGCCAGGUUAUCUCAUUGGAGGCAUCGGAUGCCCAGAACCAGGUUCUCGGGCUGGAAAAUACCGGGAGGCUUGUGGUGGUGUCGGCGGAAAGCACACAGGCGCAGACGACGUUUUUUCUAGAGUGA